AUGGUGGUGGACGACAACUUCACCGCCGACGUAAGAGUCCCAAGUUCCCGAUACGAUCGCGAAAUCGAACGAGGAGUAGACUUAAUCAGCUCUCUACCCGAUGAGAUCAUCCAACACAUCCUCGCCUUUGUUCCGACCAAAGAAGCCAUCACAACGUCCCUCUUGUCCAAACGAUGGAGGUAUAUGGCUUCUUCGUUAAACAAAAUCCAAAAUAUUUACACAGCUAUCAAGAUGAUAGAUUUGAACAUCCGAACCGGCAUGAUCCAUCAUAUACCACAACUUAACAGUUGGAUCGAGUUGGCCAUGUCCCGUAACGUGGAGACUAUGUCUUUGGCAAUGAUGGAUGCUAAUCUUGAAAAAUAUGAUAUUCCUGAGUUCUUCUAUACCAAUACCUCUGUCAAGCAACUCAGCUUUGAGUUUUACUUUGCUGAUAUGAUACCUAAACGGUCUGUGUCUUGGACAUCGUUGAAGAAGCUGAAGUUGAGUUGUUGUAGACUCUCUGAUGAAUCCUUGGCUAAGUUAUUAUCUGGUUGCCCUGUCCUGGAAAAUCCAAUGCUGAUUGUGGCACCACAUAUACAUCGUCUCGUAUUGAGAAACUCUCAGUUUCCUUGUACUUUAGUCGAUGUCUCGUCUUUGAUCGAAGCUAGAGUGAACUAUCGCUUUGACUUAUAUAAAAGAACCUUGGAAGAUGAUUUGCUUCAUCUCAUGAUGCUAGAAAAGCUUCAAAACGUAGAGAAACUUACCAUUGGGGCAGACUUACUUCACGUGUUAUCGUUAGGGGAGCUUCGUGGUAAUCGUUUUCCGAUGUUCAAGGUCAAAGCUUUGACGAUUGAGACAACGAUGUUUCAGUUUGUAAUCCCUCCUGCUAUAGAACGACUGUUACAAAACUCACCUGAUCUAAAGAAGCUAACAAUACACACAAGAACUUACGACACCGCGCUGGGGGAAAAGAUUAAUAGCCAGUUGGAUCAAUGCUUGCAAUCAAAAGAUAGCAUCUUUCAGAACAUGUCCUGUUGGGAUAAAGAGUCACAGCAGGUGGCUUCGUUCGUUGAACCUUUGGUGAAAGAGGCAAAGAGAUUAGAGAAAAUGAUCAUACACUUGGAAGACCGUUACCUUAAAGCAAGAGGGUUUCAAAAUCUGGUUCACACACUUUCUCACAACAAAGAUGUCUCCAACAUUGUGUUAUCAACCGAGCCGACAAGAUCAGAUAAGUGCGGGAUCAUAGGUUUGUUUCAAAUGUCUUGA